AUGGGCUCCAAGUUGCACCGCAAGUGUUGCCACUGCCUUCUCCUUGCGCUGCAGGCCCUCACCGCCCCCCCCCCUCAGCCUGUGCCACUUCUGGUUCCGCCCCUCAGACACCGUGCCAGGAAGCAAUGCCAGCAUCGGCGCUGUGCGAGGCACUGCAGUGCCAAGCAUAGGCCCAAGCACUUGCGACACCGCCCUCACCGUCAGCGAACCCUAUGGCAUUCCGUACAGGUGGGUAAACAGCUUUCAGUCGGCCUCAGAGGCUUUGGUUUGCUUGCAGGAGGCUCUCCGGGCAGCCGUGGCACAGCCGCACCGCAGUGUUGCUCGCCACCGGGGCCCCAUGCCCCACCCCUCGGUGUGCUCUGCCUCCCAGGCACCUGUGCGCCCCAUCACUCACACCCUGCCUCAUGCUCUUGCGCUCUGGCCUUGCAGCAACAAGUACUCCAUGAAUUGCUCCGACAGCCCCGCCGGACCCGGACAGGAGUAAUGGCACAGCCGACCGCCGCGGCAGGCCACUUUGCACUCCUGCCUGCAAUGCAUGCACCCUUACAUGUGCAGCCUUCUGGUAUUUUCAUGUGCCUGGGAGAUGUGCGGGCAUGGGGGCCCAUGUGCCCCAUGCCAUUUGAGUGCCCGGCGGCGGCGCUGCCUGCCGCCGGGAGCCCGCACCAGCAUCGGCACCCGUCGGCCUGGCAGGCCUAA